UGGCAUAAUACUCCCUCCUUUUAUCUAUAAUACAAGACUUUUGAAAUUUGAAUCUAAAUUUGACCAACAAUAUAUAUAUAAUUACAUGGCACAGAAGGUAUAUCAUUGGAUUCAGACUUCGAUGAUAUUUUUUUGGCAUGUAAUGUACUCACUCCUUGUCAAACUGUAGUAAUUUUUUCCAUGAGCUGUUUUACGGUGAUUGGGUUAGUACUCGGAGUACUUAGCAGUACUUACAUGUCUGAUCACGUCUGAUUUUUAUUAGCCGUCAGAUCUUGCGGGGAAUUUUAAUUGAUUAAAUUUAAUAUGUUAAUUGCGAUAAGGGCAUAAUGGUCCAGGGGGAAAUAUCUUUUCUUGAACCGAUCACCUGAGGACCAGAUCCAUGUCUACUCGAUCCAGUUCAGAAUCCUCCUCCGAUCUAUUCGUCGCCGCUAGCCGCUCCUGACCUUAUCCGUCCUCGACCUGCCCGGCGAGAGGAAUAAAUUCAUCGUCCUCGUCCUCCACCCAACCAACCCCAGCCCCCCACGCCGUCACCGAAGAAGAAGAAGGCCGGAUCUGCGACGGCUGAAUCGGCGGCGACCGCGGCGGGCAAUCCUCUCUUCACGCGUACCAUCCUUAAGGAAGACAUGGCGUAUGCAAAUGAUGAGAGUAUGUUCGAGUAUGUAAAUGUUGUCAGCAAGAUGUUUGAUAGUGAGGCUGAAGGCUAUGAAUUCUAUAACAAAUAUGCUCUUGAAAAAGGUUUUAGUGUGAGGAAAAGCUACGUUGAGUGGGAUGGAUCCAACAAAUACAUAAUUUUAAGGAAAAUUGUGUGUAGUCGUCAAGGGUUUCGCGAAGAUAAGCACAUGAAAAGAAAGAUGGAAGAUAGAAAGAGGAGGCCACGAAGUUUAACUCGUGUUGGGUGUAAUGCUAAAUUGGUCAUUACGAGACAGGAGGAAACCGGUCGGUGGUUUGUCAAGGAUUUCAUCGAUGAGCACAGCCAUCCUCUAGCCCCACGGGAUCUUUCUUGUCUGCUGCGUUCGUACAGACGAAUUAGCGAUGAGCAGAAAGCAGACAUUGCGGACAUGGAAAAAUGUGGGAUCCGUAAAUACCGUAUUAUGGAUAUUUUGUGCUUUCAAUACGGUGGAUUUGAUAAGGUUGGAUGCAUAAAGAGGGACGUUUACAAUUUCUGCCAUGCUAAUAAGCAGGAGACAAUCAGUGCCGGUGAUGCUAAAACGGUGAUCAUGCACAUGAUGGCGAGGCGAGAGCGAGAUGUGGAUUUUUUCUUCAAGUACUUGGUAGACGAGCAUGGCCAUCUGAAGGGACUGUUCUGGGCUGAUAGUCAAUCGCGACUUGACUACGAGGCUUUCGGAGACGUCAUUGUUUUUGAUAGCACAUACAGAACCAACAAAUACAACCUGCCAUUCGUGCCUUUUGUCGGGUUGAAUCACCACCGCAGCACUGUUAUAUUUGGCUGUGGUAUAAUUUCUCAUGAAACAAGCCAGGCAUAUGAGUGGAUGUUGCGGACCUUUUCUGAUUGCAUGGCACAGAAGCAUCCGAUAUCUGUGAUCACAGAUGGGGACCUUGCAAUGCAGAGAGCAAUAAGGGUGGUCUGGCCAGACUCAAACCAUAGACUAUGUAUAUGGCACAUUCAGCAGAACAUUGUACGCCAUCUGCAUGAUGACGACGUAAAGGAGGAAUUCAGAUAUUUCAUUUAUGAUACUUCUUCCAUUGAAGAGCAUGAGAUAAAAUGGAUACAAUUCUUACAACGGAAUAAAGUAACCAGUGAGGAGUCUUGGCUGCAUCAGAUGUAUCAGAUGAGAAAGUUGUGGUGUGCUCCAUAUCUUGAGGGGCGUUGUUUCCUAGGAUUGAGCAGCAAUCAAAGGAGUGAGAGCUUGAACUCUGUGCUACAUACGCAUCUUGAGGGUAAGAUGUCGUUGUUUGAAAUGCUAGAGCACUAUGAGCAUUGCCUUGCGUCGCGACGGAUUAACGAAGCUCUCCAUGACGUCGAAGCCUUGCAGUCUGUUCCAUUUACAGAGGAAAAUGCUUUGCCGCUUGAGAAACACGCCGCAACAGUUUUCACACCUAGGGUCUUUAAGAUGGUCUUAUGGAGCAUAGAUGCUGUCAGCAAAUGUCAGAUUAGAGAGAUACUAGAUGGAUUAGAAGAUUCCACUUAUGUUGUGUCCAAGCAGGAAAGAAUGGAUAAAAAGUUUGGAGUGCGCAUUGAAGAGCAAGGAGGUCUUUUGCACAGGGUGAGUUGUUCUUGUCGUAAGCUGGAAUGCGCAGGCACACCAUGUUCCCACAUUUUUUACAUAUUGGGGAUUUUAAAACAAACAAUUCUUCCCGGUUGUUGCGUUCCCACUAGGUGGACUAUGAAUGCAAAAUGUGCAUACGCACCUACCAGAAAAAACCAGAUGUAUGACUAUUCGCUAAGCCUGCAGAGGUACCGCGAGUUGCGGAAUUGUAGUCACGCCGCAAGUUUCCAGGCAUGCCACUCUGAUGAGGACUAUCACUGUCUAAAGAUGCUUUUGCAAGCACAACAUCAUGGCAAGCAAUCAAGUUUUGAACUAGCUGACAGCAAGGAGUCAACUAAUGCUCAGCAUAACAGCAUUAGGUUUGGCCCGUUGAUGCCGCACUCGCAGAAAGUUGAUAAGGUUCUGGAUCCCGUGCAUGUGCCAGGACGAGGUGCACCGAAGAAAAGGCUGCAGUCAAAGACAAAGAAGUCAAGAUCACAGAAUAUCUGUGGCUAUUGCAAGAAACCAGGUCACAAUCGACGUAAAUGCGCUAAAUUGCUAGAGGAUCUCGAGGCUGAACUGUGAUAUCUACAUACAACAUGAACCGACGAUGAGCCAGAGAAAGUCGUGUGCCAUUCAGCUUUGUGUGACGUGGUCUUUACAUUCUAUUUCAUCGUGACAGUAAUUUAGUGAAGUGCGGUUGUACUGCCAUGUUAAUGUAUUAAUUCGACAUCUUUCGUUUCCAUUUUCUAUGUGUAUCAUGUGAUGUCCAACUUUAAGAAUGAUGAUGUAUUUCGACAAA